UGCCCGCGCACGCAUGUUCCCUUCGGACAAGAGUCCUUGUCUAGUAAUCCUUGAUAUCGCGAAUAUCAAUAUUUUCAGAUCUUGUGAUUUCGUUGAUCGAGUAACAUUAAACGUUUUACACGAAAUGUCACACGGGGAUAACAGUGACAAGUGAAAGACGAAGGAAUACCGUUGAUUUGUCUUCGGUUCGGUCAAAAAGAGCGGCGUUUGUUUACUAAGUGCGGAGGGGUGGUGGAAGUUCCACGUUCGGUCGAGGAUUCACGAGCAGAUGCUCUCCGCGAGGCAGUUUCCCGCGCGACGCACGUGAGCGUGCCGAGUGGGGCGAUACACGCUGGAAGCAUGGACAAAACUCGUGUAAACUCUUCAAGACAGAUGUGAUGCGUAGAAAGUGGUCGAGACGUCAACGUCGAGAAAACGUGCGCGAAAUAUUUCUCGGAUUUAUUUGAACUUGGUGAACUGGAAGAAAGGAAAAUAACUAUGCGCGUUACCGGGACGCGUUCGAUCGAGUGUAAGAAGAUGUAGUUCGAGACCUGGUGUUUGUCAACGAAUUCUACGCGGGAAAACAGCAUGGAGAUGGACGAAAUGGAAAGUAUGGGUAUCGGCAACACGCCUCACAGAACAAUAAACGCGAGCAAUCGUAGUUCUCAUGACAGUGGAGAUAGCGGUUACUUUGCUCUUACUCCCCAUUCUGGCGUGUACACGCCGGUGGUUUCAGGAUGCAGAUCUAGGGUGUCUUGUAUUUCUUCGAAAAGGCAUCACAGGCUCAGAGUGGAUCCUCUGCAGUCGGAACGGGGUCAGAGGCAUCGAAUGAAAUUGAAUCACCUGUUACACGCAUCAGAUUCCGGUUAUUUAACAUCUGAAACUCUGGAAACCGGGAGUUUGCUCGAGGAUCAGACAAGCUUGAAUGGCAAUCAUCAGUCGCUCGAGCAUUCGAGCGCCGAAUUGAUCGAUCAAAGCACGGAGUGUCGAGAAUAUGAUCUUCGGACUAGAACGCGUCGAAAUUGGAGGACGACUGUUCCCAUCACGCCAGCUUCGACGAAUUUGCAACUUCUUUCACCGCCACCGUCGCCGGCAGUGCCUUCUUCUUCGUUUGUAGCCUCCGAACCUAUCGAGGACGAUGUAGAAAUGAAGCUAGUCAUCGCGCCACAGAGUACACCCGAGGUAGCUAAUUCGCCUAGGCGCAGAACACCGCUUCCGCCGCCUCCACGUUUCGUGGUUUCGCCAAGCUGUCGAAAAAAAGCUAGUCCUGCGAUCACUUCAGCAGACAACCGUAAGUUAAGUCAGCUCUCUAUCACGGAUCUUGCUACCAUCGCAGAGAUCAAGCCGAAAAGGCUGGACUUUAAUCAAAAUGCCAAGUCCAUUAACUAUUAUCGUACCAGAGCCCACCCAGAUUACACCGGUAGAGAAACCGUAGACAUAUUGGCUCUUCUCGGAGAUAAGAGUAACCAUUGGAGGAUAGUCUCCAAAAUAUUCUCCUACCUCGGACCUCAAGAUCUGUGUUCUGUCAGCAUGGUGUCCAAAACUUGGAGGAGGCUUUGUAAUAACGACUUCAGAGCCAAUACAAGAAGACUGACCCACGUUAUACUCAGACAGAAUGCUAAAGAGAAUUUGAAAUUAAUCAAAAAGUCAAAAAUGGAAGGAGAUCUUCAGUCCAGUCCUAGGAGCAGAUACGCUAGAAAGGGGUUCUUGUUAGAGGUGCAGAAUCUUCUUCAAGAACCAAGGAACCAACGGCAGCCCACCAGUCCGCCUGUUUCUCCUAGUAAAGUGAAAUUUCACUCCUUUGUCAAGGCUAGUCGUACACUCGCACCUUGGGAGUAUUUGUUGUCCUGUCCGAACUGCUCAUUCCCAUGUCACGUGGAUCACGAGAAGAACGUGGGAACAUGUUCAAGACAAGGUUGCCUGAUGGAAUUUUGCACCUCGUGUUCGUCGAGGCCGCACACCGGCCCUUGUAGGACGCCCCUGUUAGCCACGCCGACCAAGAGGAAUAACAAACGCGCAGUCAUUGGCUCCAGACAGAGCAAACGAAACCUCAGGAGAUUAUAAAUAAGCAUUCGCGUUUAGAAGCAUCUAUCUAUGAACAAAUUCUAUCAAAGAAAAAAGGUUCUCCUCGGCAUUAUAACCUUUUUAUUAAUUUAUACGUCGUCAAACGCGGUUUCAUUUCAGUAGAUGAGGGUUCAUAGUGGUUCAGAAUUGGAAUGAAUAAUCUAAACAACUAAAGUGUGACAGUACUAGAGGGUAAUUUACUAAAGUAAUCUACUAAGGCUAAUUUAAAUGUACCGGCAAAUUUAUUAGGUUGUCAUUCCACCAUGAUUAAAUACCACGGUGCUAUUGCCAACAAUCCUACAAAAUUGUGUCGAGUCAAAUGUUGACAUUUUUUUGCUCUCUUCAUAGCUCAGUUACGUCACUGCUCGAGUCGUGUUUAUUUUGAAAUUCGUUUCGAUUCUGAACUGCUCGCGAUACGUACACGUUCGCUCAAGCAUGUAAAUAGAAGAGUUUCACGCGAAAAUCACGUCGAAGCCUCGGUUAUCGGUUCGUACUAGUUCGCUAGUUCAAGUAAAAUAUCGCACAGUAUGAAAAAAAAGAAAUAUUCGCACGUUUUGUGACAAAAUUCCUUAUCUAUAUUUUUGGUAACAGCUAUUUUUGCGACAAAUACCUGUUUUCGAUAUCUGCGAUAAACAAAAUUCUACGUUGCAAAUCGAAUGGUUCUCUUAAGAGUCGUAAAUUUGUCGCAAAAUGGGACGCGCGAACCCAGUGGUAGCGCUUUUACGCACUCUUUUUAAAUUCCAUAAUAGCUAGUCGUAAUGUAACCGGGUUUUGACGUGUUCUCCCUGGGUCUACAUGUUUGAACACUUUAACUAUUAAAGAUCCAUUCGGAAAGGUUUAUUUACCGUCUACAGACAUUAAUUUCCGCAUAUAGUUACUAGCUAUACCAGAAGCACCGUUUUUAAAUAAUGUGCGCUAUAAGUAGACAACCAACGACAUAGGAUAUUAUUAAAACGGAUUAAAAAACCUAUAAACAGGUUCCCGGUAGAUAAAGUGUUAAGACAAAGGGAGAUGGCCGAAGAUCGUCGAUUAAAAGCACGGCCAAGAAACAAAGGGAGAAAGAGAGAAUAUGAGAAACCAUAAAGGUCGACUCGUAAAACCUUUAAGGGGUAUAUGGGCCCGACACUUCGCGUCGACCACUUUUUACUUGCUCGAAGCCAUCGUGCAUCGCGGACUAAUGAAGCCAGCACAGGAAAGACGGUUACUAUAUCGGGUGGAUCACGCCAUUGAAAUUGAUACAGUUUCGUUAUAUUGAUUUCAACGAAAACUUGAUUAUGAUUAAUGUUCCGUAAUUUCUAUAGGUGCGAUAUAUAAUUCAAAUUUUAUGUUACCAAUAUUCUUUCACGCUACGUUUUCGAGAUUAUUGAUUUUGGAGAUAUUUGGAGCAACCGGGUAUUUGAUCUAUAAAUCUCAACCUUCUAGAAUUCAUUAUAGAAAUAAACAUAGAAUCAUCUUUUCUCCGAUUAUACCACCCAUUACGGAACACCAUGUAUAUAAACGAAGACGUCGCAACCCUUCUUACCGGCUGACCUCCUUUAUCGCGUAAAGAUCGUCUCGUGCAACGAUAACUGUCCAACAAAAUGCUCUCUUCACGGCGAAACGAUUCAUCGAGCUUUUACUUUUUCUCGACGAGUAUGCCGGUUAGGUUUUCUCCCGCGACGGCCGUUUCAUUCCGCGAAUUGAUUUCGCGAAUUGAUUUUCACUCGUUGACUUUUAAUCCUGACCGAUAAUCGUCCCGAAUCGCGAUAAAAACAGCGACCGAUGGGAUCAGUCGACAAUUAACUUUGAAUUCUAAAUGCUGACUAAUAUGUCGUUAACCCCCUAUAACUCGGUGUACUUUCAAAUUUAUUCCAUUUUACCAUUUUAAACGUAUUUGCUUGUCGCAAAAUUUUCACAUGUUGAUUAAUAACUGUUUUAACGUUUUAAACGUUUACGCUUGUUACAAAAUUACCAGAGUAGUCAUUUGAUGGCAAAGCAAAUAAAGAAACAGCAUCCCUGUUACGAGCGAAACUUUUAUUCGAGUAAUGGAAACACGGUGUAACGAUUUAACUGCUAAUUGAAGAAUCGGUUAAUUCGUUCAACGUGGGAUACAGUUUCAUUUUACGAUUCAGAUAAAACAAAUAACGAAUCGAAUCGAAUCGUUCGGUUCGAUGAAAAUUUUUCACCGUCUUUGCAACAGCCUGAUGCAUGCAAUUUAAUCAUCCCCGUCUCACCUCAUUGUUCGUAGAAUCGCAGAGACAGACGUCAUUCUCUUUUUCUCUCUUUGCGUCCUCUCGAGAUGACGUUAUAUUCUCUCUUGGAACGGAACAAAGAAAAUGUUUCGCUUGGCGUGUGUGUACGUAUUGCUCCUAGUCUCAUAAAAUACGAGAUCAAAAAAGAGGAUUGCCGUGACUCGUAAGAGGGUCGCUCUAAAAGUAUUAUCGAAGUAUGUAUAGCCGUACGGAAUAAUAAGGAUAGAAAGAAGCGAGUGUGCGAGGGCAAAACGCCGCACAGUGCUAGAAAGUUAGAGGGUAGAAGUAUCGGGAGACGGAACGAGCGGUAAUGACGAAAAUUUUCUCAUGGAAAGAAAAAUCUCUCAACAACUUCUUACACUCACUGCGAACUCGUAACUGAUUCUUGGAAACUUUUUCACUUCGUACUUGGACGAUCCAGUCCGAUAUUACCAGAAAAAGUCGAUUGAUCCUUAACUACAGUUCCGAUCUGGCUGUCAGAAAACAAUUAUCCAUCUAAUCCAAGCAACGUCGAUGUAAACUAAAAAUAGUAUUUAUGAUUCGCUUCAACAAUUAAAAUUGUUAAUAUUGUUCAAUCAUUCCCGAAGAAUAUAAAUACUAUGUGGUUGUAACGUUAAUUAAUAAUUGAAGAGUUCAAAAAACGCUAUGGAAUAAUAGUGUAAUACAAUUGUCUCUCAUUUAAAGAAUAAUAAUACUUCAUCGAAGUCACAAUGUAUGUGACCAUAAAAUAAACUAGUUUCAUCUGUACAGUAAAUUUUCCCAAUUGCGGUUAAGGAUCAUCAAACAUCGACCACCGUUAAACAAACGUACAAAGUAUUAACUUCAGUAUUAAUCGAACGUAUUUCGCGUUCCAAAGUAUCCGAGAAACAUAUCGAAGCGUUACCAAAAAAUAUUCAAUCAACUUCGAUAAUAAUCGUGGAAAAUGUUGAACGUUUCUUUCCGGAAAGAUAUUUUCGCCGAUAUUGCGCUCAUUCUCGAGUUCUCGGGAUUCUUAACCGGUACAAAAAAGAAGAAAAAGAAAAGAGAAGAAUACACUUUUGUGCCAUUGUGUAAUUUACGCCAUAAGAAUUGCCAUAACAUAUUUUGUUUUAAUGUUCUAGGGAAGAGAAGAGGAAGAGAUUCGAAUCGUUGCAACUCAAAAGACAACGAUGCUUCUUUUUCUUUUCUUUGGUCGUUCUCCCUCGGGAGGCAUAUUUUAUUUUUUACAUUGUUUUUAGCAACUAGUGUGCCACACGUCGACUCUGUACACGUUACUUUUACAGUUUCGGCGAAAUGGGAGUUUCAUUUAGUUUUUUUUUUUUUUUUAUCUCUCGUUCGAACGUUAUUUUUGUACCGGUGUAUGCUGGAUCGCAAAAGACUGCAUGUAAAUAACCAGCGCAUAGUAAUAUAUUUUAUAUGUGGUUGGAAUUUUGUGAUCAAUAUUCUUUUUCCGAGACUCUAAUAGUUCUCGUAAUAACACCGUGUUUGCUUGCGAUACAAGAAAAAGGCUUAGAUAUUGAUCACGAAAUGUCCAUUUUGUAAUGAAAGAAGUUUAAAGCUUAUUGAUGCGUCUCUCUAAGCGAAAAUCCAAAUAUUUUCUAUGAAAUGUCGUGAAAAGUUCCAGGUUUUGUUACUUCCCACACUUUUCAGUCACUGUUUUACUAUGUCUCGUCUACGUAAAUGUCUUGUAUUUAUUACAACGCUUUGUUUGAAAUUUAUAUUGUGAACAUGAAACAUUUUUAUUAACGGACCGGAAACUAUUUUUGUCGUAACAAUAAUUCUAUGUAGCGAUUCGUUUUAGGAAACUACUGUUUGCCAAUGCAUCAGGAAAUAUUUUUAAAAAAGAUAUACUAUCUUUUCGCAGUGAAAAAUAGAUUUUAAAUACACUUUAAAAAUGUCAAUUUCAUUAUUCGGUGUAUGGAGAAAUUUGAGAUCUGGUAAGCGGGUAGAAUAUACAUAUACCUGUAUUUUGAUAUGAAUAUUUAUAUUAAAAUAUAAAUAUUCCCAAUGGUUCACAGGAUAAAUUAUAAACAACGUACGUUGUCCACGUUUUAACGCAAAGACAGAAAAAUUAUUUAUUCACACUUUUAUUAUAAUUUAUUUAGUAAUAACCAGCAUGACAAUAAAAAUUCGUAUCACAUCCCUUUCUAAGAAGCACUCGAAAAAAUUAUCUCAGAACAGCGUGGGCCCAACUAGAGCAUACCACGACAUUUCUGUGAUAUGGGACAAUAUCAUUCCAGUGUACGUAGUGUUUUAAAUAAUCGUUAGACGAUCAUUACGCUCAAAGACUUAAUCAAAAGAUCGAUCACGUUGUACAUGUUCGUUAGGUAUCUUUUUUUAGGUCAACCGAUGGAAAUUCGAUUUUAACUGUUACUAUAGUAUUACAUAUUUUCAAAAAUUUAACCCGCAGGGGAAAAAGAUGUCCAGCAGAGUUGCGUGAAUUGUUUUUACUCGUCGAGGUCAAAUAUUCCUGUGAGCGUGAACGUUUUAAUAAUUCCGAAUAAAUCGUUUGCUACUCGAUGACGCAGUUCUGCUGGGUAAUAGUUUUUUAUUUUAGUAUCGCGCGAUAGUGUAAGAUUAAAUUAAGGUUAGCAGUUAAGCGAUUGGCCAUCGUGUAUCGUUAAUACCAGAAGAAUAACGUGCCUUAUAUAAAAUAGUACGUAUAUUUUAGAUAUCUGACUUUUUGAGAGGAUCGACACGAGGUGAGUAAUAACUUCGUGUAGAAUGGUACAAAAAUGCAGAAAAGUCUUGAAGAAACUAUUGAAAUACUCACGAAAUUCGAUGCUGAGAUUACGUGGAAAUGCAAAUGUAAAGAUAUGACAUUCUGUGGAAUUCAAAUGAAACAUGGUUGCGUGGAAGAGAAAUGCGAUAACUUUAGACGUUUUCUGAUCCAUCGUGGCACGAAGUUAUGAAUGGUAAAGCCCCGUUUCGAUCGUUCUGCUGAGAGUAACGAAGCAUUCGCUUUCUUAUUUACCAACUUAUAUUUUAAUACACGCGUGCAAGAUGACAAGUAUUUUCCGUCUGUUCAGGAACGAGUGUAUUUGUUUAGGGUCAGUCCUGUCGAGUGGUUCAGUCGUUACCAGGAUCCAAAUUACUUACAGUGCCAGCUUUUGUAAUACGUUUUUUUUUUUUGUUUAGAAAAAGACAGAAAGAUAUUAAUAUUUCGUCUAAAUAUGUUGGUUCGGAGGAGUAGCAUAAAGAGAUAGACGAAGGAAAAAUACUAAAUCAUAUUCGUUACAAGAUUAACAUUUUAGUAUGUUUUUUUUUUUUUUAUAUAUAUAUAUAUAUUAUUGUAAUGAUAUAUUGAAAAUUUAUAACAACGAUAAAGCGAAAGAAAAUGUUAACCACGCAUUAAAUUCAUAAAUUCAAUAAUAGAGAAUGGAAUCCAUAGGUGUAAUUCAUUUGCAAGUAAUUCAAUCCAAGUAAAAUUAAAAAGUAAACAAAUUAUUAAUAAAUCGUUAUACAAAUUUGUAUUUUAUGCAAAAUUGACAAGGGUAGAGCUUCAAGACAAAUACAUUAUUUAUGAAACUCAAUUUUCUGACUUUUAUGUUUCAUUCUAAAUGGUUGUAAGUAAUUUAUUUCAUCACUUUUAACUUGUUAUAUAUUUUCAAUCGCGGUUUUGAAUACUCAGGAGAUACUCUGGCAGGAACCACAUACGUUUUGUAGAAUAAGCUAUUUUAGUGGAAAGUAAAUCCUUAAUAUCGAGAAGGUUGAUACCAAAUAAAAGAGUAAUUAAUGCAAUAAAUUAAGAGGUUUGUAUUUUUUUAGCGUACAUGAGUAUCUUAGUAGCUAGUAAGCGUUCUCCUUUAUUCCUUAUUUUAUAGUUACGAUUUUUCAAAGGUCUACUAAUUCGAGAAUGCUCAGUAUUCUCCACCUUGUGCGCUCUCUCUCUCUCUCUCUCUCUCUCUCUCUCUCUCUCUCUCUCUCUAUCUAUCUAUCUAUCUUCUGUAUUAUUUUAGUUUUAUUAAGUUUCGAAUGCGUUGAGUAAGUUAAAUUAUGUUUGGUAUUAUUGUUCGAAUGGAAAAUAAUUAUUAGUAUAUCUGCGUCAAUUUUAACGAAAUUUUGUAAGCCCUGUUGGGGCAGGUUCCUGUACUUUGUCAAUUGAAAUAUACGUAACUAAGUAUUUA